AAAACGGAACAGAACAGAACAGAAAUUCGAAGCGCUGCCAAAUAUACACACACGAUUGUUCCGACUGUAUCGCUCCGAUCCGAAAAAAUCCGAGAUCCGAAUUCGCAGGACAAGAGCAACAGAGCGCGCGCUAACGGAUUUAUUAAAUGCACAUGCAUAUAUUUAUUUAUAAACGCGAGUUUCUGGUCGGGAACUAAAGUGCAGGUCACCGACGCCUCUGCCGCAGCCGCUGCCUCCGUCGACGUCGCAGUUGCGGUAGCUGUUGCUGCUUGUUUUUUUUUUUGUUAUUACUGUUUACAGAGGUGCGCGUUAACUGUGCUAAAAAAAAUAUAGAAAUAUAUAUUUGUGUGCCUUUGUGCAAGUGCUGAUUUUGUUUGGCUUUUUUUUUGGGUUGUCAUUAUUUUGCACACACAAAUUGCGAUUUAACUAAGUGUUUGUGUGUGUGUGUGGCGCAGCUAUAUAUAUAUAUAAAGAUAUACCUAUGCUGGCCCUGGCCCCGCCCACCACGCCGCCCCCUCGAAAUGCACCGUUAGCCGCGAAAUCGAAAUCGAAUCGUUUUGCUGCAACCGCAAUGCUGUCCAACGGCUCUGCUGGCGUCUCUGCCGACGUUGACGUCGCCGCCGGCGGCGCUGCCGACUGUGAUGAGCGAACGCUUUUGCUAAGCGAGGAGAUUGUUGUUGCGCCGCUGCCUGCGUCGGCAUUCUCUGCCGGCGUCGCUGCUGCUGCGCCGCCAACGUCGCUGCCACUGGUGCACACAACAACAACGCAGCAAAACAACAACAAUGUGAACAACAACAAUAAUGGUUCGCUUGUGGUCAGUGCGAAAAACAUGGCUAAUAAUAAAAGUAAUAAGAAUAGCAGCAAAUGCAAAAACAACGAGGCCAGCAGCAGCAACAACAACAAUGCGGCGACAGCAGCAGCAACAACAGCAACGACGACAGGAGAAGAACCGGUAACAACAACAAUAACAACUGCAACAACAGCAGCUGAUGAUGAGGAUAUAUCCAGCGAUCUGAGCGAUAAAUUCCCACGCCCCCAAAAGAAACCCGGCAAACUGAGCAAAUUGGGCACCAAAAGCGUCGGCCUCAAACGCGUCUCCUUUGGGUCCUCGAAGGGUUCGAUGGUGGAGACGCUCGUCUUCGAGACGCCGACGCCGUUGUCGGAGCACAUGGAGUCCACUUUUGGGUUCGAUGCCGCAGAUACCGCCGCUGCCGCCGCUGGUCAGCCGCAGCUGGCGUCGACGCUGGCGUCGCAACAGCCUCUCGCCGGUGGCUACAGUGGAGACUAUGCCAAGGGGACCAUGGAUGACAGCGGCAUUGAGGUGCAGGAAGAAUCGGAGCGUUCGAUAGUGCGCGUUUCAAUCUACAACAGCAGCCAGCCGCAAGUAAUCUGUCCACCGGCGGAGUAUCUGGACUUUCCGGAGUUCAACUACAGCAGCAACCUCUUAGACUAUAAUACGAUGGCCACGACGGCGGCGGGGAUCCAACAGCAGCAGGUGAUUGGCCUGGGAGCGGCAUACGAUCGACAGCAAAGCACCGAUUCCGGCUGGGACAAUCCCUUUCGACCAGGCGGCGAUCUGUCCAGAGAGGCUGAUGAAAUUGUCAAUAUGAUCAGAGGUGGCAAGCCCAUCACACCCACAGAGGAGCGUACAAUUGGCAACGGGAGCGCCCAGCAUGCGGACGACAAUUGCAACGGCGGUACGGCGAUCGGCGAGAGUGUAAUCAAAUCAAAUCUCUCGCAGAAUCUAGCAACAGCACAAAAUGGUACAAAUUCCCAUGCCUCUGCAACUGCCGACGCUGGCGCCGGAAAAGCAGCGACGGCGACCGAGCUGAGCGGCGGAACCGGAAACAAUGGGGUCACCUCGCUGGGACAGGUGUCCAAACAGGUGGUUCCCGGACCGACGUCCGCUAGUCAUGUGGUCAUCGACGAGAAGAAGAACAAGAAGAAGGGCUGCUGUGUCCUUCAAUAAUUGGGGCAAAUAGCGGGGGACGCGAUGAGCAGAUUUGUGGGGUAGGGGGGGAGGGGCGGUCAUUUUCCUGCUAGCCCUGUUUUUUGAUGUUAAUGUUUUUUUGGACGAAAUGGAGCCAAGCUGUUAAUAUAUUUCAUGCCGCAUAAAUCGCUUUGCUUCGCUUUGCAAGAGGAGACCAAAACCGAUACCAGAGAUUGAGAUUCAGACAACACAAGAAUGAACUAGAGGAACAUUAGGAAAACCAAGCUCUCUGACCAACAGCAGCCACAGUGAGAACCAACAUUUAUGCAACACCCUGCAGCGGUUGCUCCAGCUUCGAAACAUAAGUCGAUGAACACUUCAACAUUUGAAUUGUAAACCUGAAGGCCGCACUUAUAUAUGUUUAUAUAUAUAUAUAUUUAUAUAUAUAUAUGAUAUAUAUAUAUCUGUUUGUCUGCAGGCGAUGCUAUAUUGCAAUUCACCAUUAUUAUAUAUAUAUAUAUAUUAUUUUUUUCCCCCUUUUUCUGUAAUGUGACUCGACCUGCAUAUGUGUAUUAUAAAAAUUAUUGUAUGCAUAUAUGUGAAUUUAUUUUUUUUUUUUUUGUAAUUGUAAAAUUUAGUGCGGCUUUUUUAAAAAAUGAAAAGGAUGUAGGGACGUUUAACAAGUAAAAACUAAAAGAACAAAAAAAUAACGAAAAACGUUUUGCUUGCAUGCAUAAUGGAUACAAAAUCGAAAAAAAAAAUUUAACAUAAAGAAUAAUGUAUUUAUUUUUAUUUAUAUGAUGACGAUGAAGCAGAUGAAAGUAAAUUAAAUGUUAAACCUUAAAACAAAUAUACACACACACACACGUACAUAUACAAAUACACACACACACAUACGCAUAUAUACUAUACGAUAUAUGAGAUGAAAUGAAUGACGCAAUAAAGCAAAACGAGAUGAACCGGAAAUAGUAGAAAAAGAAAACUAAUUAAAAAAAAUCCCAAUUUUCUAAGGCUAAAUAAUGAGUAAUUAUUUUGUAUCAUUAUUUACAUGAGGCAGACAAUUGAAAACCGGGUGCGCUGACUUUUGGGCCCACUGUAGCGGCUGAUCAAAGGAAAGCGGUGCUGAAGAAAGAGGGCGAAAAUGGUAGAAAAGGUCUUAGUUCUUUGAGCAGAAUAUAUACAUAUAUAUAUAUAUAUAGAAAGAAAGGCUUUGAAGAAACCGAAAUCCCAAGACAAAAGCUUAGAAAUGAGGCCAGAGAAAGUAUAUAAAAAGGAAGAACCACCGUUUUUCAGCUUAGUUAAGCACAAUACAACCACCCCUCACAACCAACCAACCAACCGACCCAACCCCCCAUUUCUCCAACCCCUUUCACUCAGUAUUUUUCUCAGUUUGAACGCAAAUCAAAAGCAGAAAAAUGAAUGAAAUGGCAAACAAAUACGCAAAAGUAAUAUGCAGGUAAAUCGAGCAAAGCGAGGUACAAGAAUGUUUACACAGAGAGAAAAGCAGCAACCAAAUAGCUAAAGAAUGUAAUGAGAACACCGAAAUGGACAGCCACACCCACAAAUAUGUAACACUCACACACUCUCAGACACACACCUACAAACCCACACACCAACAGCCUAAGCAUCAAUGUGCUGCAUUUGAUAAACGUAAUGAAAAACAAAAAAUAAAUUAAAUAUAUAUAUAUAUAUAUAUAUACACACACACAGAUAUAUGAAAUAGCAAUAUUGUUUCAACUGAAUAUAAGCAAACAGCAAAAGGAAUAUUCCAAAGUCCGCAAAUGAAGAUAAACAAAUCCGUAAACUAAAUCCAUCGGAGGGUUAAAAAAAAACAGCAGCCAGUACAGCAAUAAAAUCAAUAUUUAAUAUUGUAAAUUUCCGAUUCCAAAAAGAAAGC